AUUCUAGCACAGUGUAUACAAAACUCUACAAAUGUAAAAUAGGGCAGCGGUAAUCCGUUUUCAGCCUGCCUCACUUCUUGAGCCUCCGAAACAAACCGUCGUGCCGUUAAUGUGUUAUAGGGGGUAGCAUCGGAGAACUUCCGUCUGACAGGGGGAAAAGUCUUCAUCCGCGCAUAGAGAGCGCUGUGGACAGUGGAGGCUCUCGGUGCUGCCAUAUCGCACAUUUCCGGCACUCUGCAGCGACUGGUUGCAGUCGCGCUUCGCACCUUUCUUUUAACCUGCGCGCAACCCUGUGGACGGAGCGUCUCACUAUAUAGGUGUUCUCUGUUCUGUGGACUGCUGCUGUUGCUGCUUCGUUCUUUCCGUGAUGGCAUUCGCUUUGCGUCGAGAAACUCUAGAAAAGUUCCAGAAGGAAUUUGAAAAGGAACCUAGGAACCGGCUUGCGCAAAAUGUCUGCACCAAGGUCGACAUCAAAGACCUGUGCCAGAAACGCACAACUCAACUUAAUCAUGUGGUUUCACACAAGGUGGAUGUCGAAGGGCGACCACCCUCGAACCAGAAGGUGACUGGGCGAUGCUGGCUCUUUGCCUGCCUGAAUGCGAUUCGGGUACCACUCAUGAGGCACUUCCAGCUGGAGGAGCUUGAACUCAGCUCCGCAUACCUGUUCUUUUGGGACAAGGUGGAGCGGAGCAAUUACUUCCUCAACAACGUGGUCGAAAUGUGGCGACGGGGAGAGACCGUCGAGGGCCGUCUGUUCAGUUUCCUACUCCGCGAACCCCUUGAAGACGGCGGCCAAUGGCACAUGGUACACAACCUCGUGGCCAAGCAUGGACUCGUGCCCAAACAGUGCUAUCCGGAGUCAGUCACCUCCGAGUCAUCGCGUCGCUUCAACCAGCUCCUCACCAGCAAGCUUCGAGAAUUUGCCCUGCAUUUGUACACCCUGUUGGCGAAAGGCUGCUCUGAUGCCGACGUCCAGUCCACCAUAGAGCAGAUGAUGGAAACUGUGUACCGCAUUGUGUCAAUCUGUCUCGGAACGCCCCCGGCCACUUUCACCUGGGAGUACUACGACAAAAACAAGACGUACAAACGGCUGGGCCCCAUCACUCCAUUAGAGUUUUACGAGAAGCACGUGAAGCCACUUUUCAACUUUGACGACAAGGUGUGCCUGGUGAAUGACACUCGGCCCUCUAAUCCCUUUGGUGAUGCCUACACAGUGGACUGCCUUGGCAAUGUCGUUGGAGGCAUCCCGACAGUCUACAACAACCAGCCCAUGGAAGUGCUUAUGCAGUCCAUUGUUGACUCAGUCAAGGCCAAUGAGCCCGUGUGGUUUGGCUGUGAAGUUCUCAAGAGGUGCGACUUGAAGCGAGGACUCUUCGACACAGACGUCUUUGACUAUGAAGCACUUUUUGGGACUACCUUCACGUUAGGGAUGUCGAGAGCAGAUCGCCUCAUCUACGGCGAAUCCUGCAUGGGCCAUGCCAUGCUCUUCACUGGAGUGUCCCUCGAUUCCGAUGGCAAUCCAGUGAAGUUCCGUGUGGAAAACUCCUGGGGCGAUGACACGGGAGAGAAAGGUUUCUUCAUGAUGACCCGAGACUGGUUCAAGGAAUUUGUGUUCGAAGUGGUUGUAGACAAAAAGUACCUGCCUGCAGAUGUGAUAGCUGCAAACUUGAAGGAGCCCAAGGUGCUGCCUGCUUGGGAUCCCAUGGGUGCUCUUGCUCACUGACAUCUUCACCACUUUGUGUUCAGAAACCUAAUAAAAGAAGCUGAUGCGUUUCUUUCUAA